AUGGGCUCAUCACAGGGCAGUGCCCAGAGCAGUGGCACCUCACAGGGUGCCGACGAUGGCAUGACCUCCUGCAACACUGGGGUGCACCACUGCUCCUUUCCUAUGUAUGUGGUCAAGGUGUCGGACUUUCUAGAGAUGGAGGGUGUUCCUGAACCACACCAGGUAUUGCGGCGGAAGGGCUUGCUUCACGAAUGGAACCCUCAAAUGUUUGUCAUAUUUGUCUCCCACCAGUGGUUGGGCGCGGGGUCACCAGACCCGUCUGGGCAGCAGAUGACGGUGUUGCGGCAUGCUCUACAGUCGUGGAUAGACGGAUCCAUGAAGGUGGACAUAGAUCUCAUGCGCACCUUCGGAGACCAAAGCUACUCCACGACUAGCUACGAGCGUGUGGCUACUGGGUAUCUUUUCUUAGACUGGUUUGCCAUUCCACAGCUUACCGAAAGAGCCGAUGGGGUGAAUGACGAUGCCACAGUGUCAGAUACAGCUCGAGCAGUUCAGAGCAUUCCAGCAUAUGUAGAAUCUUGCGAUAUGUUCGUGGCGCUCGUCCCUGACCUUGUUCACAGUGAUACCGGGCUUCAAUGCAACUACAGCACCUGGCUUUCUCGAGGCUGGUGUCGAGCGGAGCUAUGGUGUCGCCUGUUGUCAAAUCGAGCGGACACCAGGGUGGUUCUCAUAUUUUCCGACAGAGAGGCACUUUACAUUAUGCCUAUGGAUUGGCAAAGAAGCUUGAUCUCGGAUGGCUUGUUCACAGUGGAAAGCGACCGCACUGUGGUGAUGAAGCUUGGGGAUCGGGCUUUGAGAAGCAAGAUCGAGCACUUGGAUCGGUGGGGGCCCUUGACGGACUACCGCUUCCACUUAGCGCAGGAGCCCAGAUUGCUCGGUCAACAGCAGGGAGGCUUUAGCCUUCAGGGCUUCUUGCGACACUUCAAUUUUCCGAGUCUCCAUGACGCUGUGAAACAUGAAAGUGGCAUGACGGGUUUGCUGUGCGCAAUUGUUGCUGGCGAUGGAGAUAUCGUGGAAACCUUGGUCAAGAAUGGUGCAGAUGUCAACGCUCGUGUCAGCGGUCUUGGGCAUUUGGGAUACUCCGAUUCUCUAACUUUGCUGAUGGUGGCUGCCUAUAAUGCUCAAGAUUCGAAGAUGUUAUCCACCCUCAUCCUGUCGCAAGCAGACCCUAACAUUGCAUGCGUCUCCGAGUCUGGCUCAUUAGUUACUGCGUCAUGGUUAGCAUCUCAUCCUGGCCAUGUACAAGUGUUGCUGGAGAAAAAGGCAGAUUUCAGCGCAUCACCGCCGUUGACGGGAGCUGUCGGAGUGUCCACUGCAAGCACGGUGAAGGCAUUCUUGCAGGCUCGCUGUGACCCUGGCACCGUUUCCCCAACUGGCUUUGGACCUAUGUACAGUGUGUCGUUCUUCGGCCGUGGCAAUCCAGAUGCGCCAGCCAUCUUGCA